AUCACAGCGUCUUAGAGGAAAAAAAAGGGUUAGGGUGCGUGCGCGUGUGUAGCGUUCUGGGAGUCCCGAGGGCGGGGCGGGUCGCUGAGGUGGGGGUUGGUAGAGGACGCUUCCCGAGGGCGCGCGGAGCCGAGCUGGUGACAGACACGCACGCGCGUGUGCGCUCCCAACUACUGCGCGGCCCCGCGACCCUCGGCGGUCGGAGCCGCAGCCGUCUAGGAUUCCCGUCCAAAGGCGUCCCUGGCGUCCCCAGCCCGAAGCUCCGAGCUCCGGGCCGGGCCUGCUUCUGCCGGCAUCCCGUCCCCCCCGUCGUCGGAGACUGUCCCUUAACUCAUCUUUCCGCACCCACAGCCGGGUCCUCGCGGCCCAUGCUGGCCGCUGGGGACCCAGGCAGCCUAGGUCUGACUCGGGCCGGCCAGCCGGCCACCAUGGUGGCCCCGAGGCCUGUGCAACUACUCCAGGGGGGCUAAGAGACCCAGAACGCGGGCCUAGGGGUGAGGGGAUCCCAGGCCGGUACCCCGCGCCAUGGCCGGAGCCAUCGCUUCCCGCAUGAGCUUCAGCUCACUCAAGAGGAAGCAGCCCAAGACAUUCACGGUGCGGAUCGUCACCAUGGACGCCGAGAUGGAGUUCAACUGCGAGAUGAAAUGGAAGGGGAAGGACCUGUUUGAUUUGGUGUGCCGGACGCUGGGGCUUCGGGAAACCUGGUUCUUUGGAUUGCAGUAUACAAUCAAGGACACGGUGGCCUGGCUCAAAAUGGACAAGAAGGUGUUGGAUCAUGAUGUUUCGAAGGAAGAACCCGUUACCUUUCACUUCCUGGCCAAAUUUUAUCCUGAAAAUGCUGAGGAGGAGCUAGUUCAAGAGAUCACGCAACACUUAUUUUUCUUACAGGUGAAGAAGCAGAUUUUGGAUGAAAAGGUCUACUGCCCUCCCGAGGCGUCCGUGCUCUUGGCGUCAUAUGCUGUCCAGGCCAAGUAUGGCGACUAUGACCCCUCUGUGCACAAGCGGGGUUUUUUAGCCCAAGAGGAAUUGCUUCCGAAAAGGGUGAUAAAUCUCUAUCAGAUGACUCCGGAAAUGUGGGAGGAGAGAAUUACUGCUUGGUAUGCGGAGCACCGGGGCAGAGCCAGGGAUGAAGCUGAAAUGGAGUAUUUGAAGAUAGCUCAGGACCUGGAGAUGUAUGGUGUGAACUACUUUACAAUCCGGAAUAAAAAGGGCACGGAGCUGCUGCUUGGAGUGGACGCUCUCGGGCUUCAUAUCUAUGACCCCGAGAACAGGCUGACCCCCAAGAUCUCCUUCCCAUGGAAUGAAAUCCGAAACAUCUCCUACAGCGACAAGGAGUUUACUAUUAAACCACUGGAUAAGAAAAUUGAUGUCUUCAAAUUUAACUCUUCAAAGCUUCGUGUUAAUAAGCUGAUUCUUCAGCUAUGUAUUGGGAACCAUGACCUAUUUAUGAGGAGACGGAAAGCUGACUCUUUAGAAGUUCAGCAGAUGAAAGCCCAGGCCAGAGAAGAGAAGGCUAGAAAGCAGAUGGAGAGGCAGCGGCUGGCUCGAGAGAAGCAGAUGCGGGAGGAGGCCGAGCGUACGAGAGACGAGUUAGAGAGGCGGCUCCUGCAGAUGAAAGAAGAAGCAACGAUGGCCAAUGAAGCUCUGAUGCGCUCUGAGGAGACAGCUGAUCUGUUGGCUGAAAAGGCUCAGAUCACAGAGGAGGAGGCUAAGCUUCUGGCACAAAAGGCUGCAGAGGCUGAGCAAGAGAUGCAGCGAAUCAAGGCCACAGCCAUCCGGACAGAGGAAGAGAAGCGCCUGAUGGAGCAGAAGGUGCUGGAGGCUGAAGUGCUGGCAUUGAAGAUGGCUGAGGAGUCAGAGAGGAGGGCCAAGGAGGCUGAUCAGUUAAAGCAAGACUUGCAAGAAGCCCGAGAAGCAGAGCGAAGAGCUAAGCAGAAGCUCUUAGAAAUCGCCACCAAGCCUACCUAUCCACCCGUGAACCCAAUCCCACCACCACUGCCUCCUGACAUACCGAGCUUCGACAUUGUUGGUGACAGCUUGUCAUUCGACUUCAAGGAUACGGACAUGAAGCGACUUUCCAUGGAGAUAGAGAAAGAAAAAGUAGAGUACAUGGAGAAGAGCAAGCACCUGCAAGAGCAGCUCAACGAGCUCAAGACGGAGAUUGAGGCCCUGAAACUCAGAGAGAGGGAGACAGCCUUGGACAUCCUGCACACCGAGAACUCAGACAGAGGCGGCACCAGCAGCAAGCAUAGUACCAUUAAAAAGCCUCAAGCCCAAGGCAGAAGACCUAUCUGCAUUUGAGUCCUCAAACUCACUCUGCAGAGCGCCAAGUCCCGAGUGGCCUUCUUUGAAGAACUCUAGCAGGUGACCCGGCCACCUCCUGCCACAUCUGCUGCUCCUGACACCAACAGGAUGGGCCUGACCCCAAAGGAACCAUCAGUAGAGGGCUGGCUUGUUUGGGAACUCUUUGAGUAGAGGGCCCCAUGCCACUCUGACCCUAUAGACAUUUCUCGAGGUGUUCGGGUUCUCCUGGCCUGCAUACCUGCUUCUCUCUCUCUCUCUCUCUCUCUCUCUCUCUCUCUCUCUCUCUCUCUCUCUCUCUCUCUCUCUCUCUCUCUCAAAUAUUUGUUGUGGGCUGCCAUCCUUCCUGCACCCCAAGCACUGUGGUGUGUCGCUAUGUGUGCCACUGACGUUGAGAAGCGGCUCUGGGAGUCUGGUGUGGAGGCUGUCUGAAAUGUACCACGCAGGUGCUGCCCACUUCCCUACUGGGCUUCUGGGACGGGCCUCCCCUCCACAGCAAGGACUUGGCACAGGGUAGAAAUGUGGACUGGCUUAGCUCAGAACCAGCAAUGAUGACUCCUUAGCCAGGCUCACCUGAGGCAGUGUAGCUGCUGCUGGGAGACACUGUACAUGAGCCCGUAGUGGGCCAGGAGCUUCCCGGUCAAAUUCCCAUGAGUGCCUGGGAACCCAGCUGUGACCAGGACCUCCAUCUCCUCCCACUCAGCACAUGGAACCCCAGAGCCCUACUACCCAUCCAUCAUCCUCUUCAAUACCUAGGUAGGCCUCACUGUCAUUGUCCUUGUCUUCCCCGGGAACCCAGCAGUGUCCUUUUUGUCCCUCCUUUUCUGAGCCUGACAGAGGUAUCAGGCCACUAAGAGUUACACAAGCUAACACUAUGGGGUGCCUCCAUGCUAGGCAGCAUCUCCAUCUCCAUGUGCCUCACACACUCCCAUGAUUGGGCCUAUCAUCUAUGUAACUGGGGUCACCGAUCCGAGCAGGUGAUCUGCCUCAGUCCACGAGCAGAUAUAUAUUAACUGAGGACAACUGAGCUGAGGGGCUGAGCGAUAGAAUAGAAUGUUCACAGUACAGUUUGGUUUUGAGAAACUGAGGCACACCACCUUGUUCCCACUGGCUGGCUGUUAUUAGGCCACUUUGUCAUAGGCAGCCACCCAAGGGUCACCUCAGCAUCUUUGGGCACCUGGGAUAACACUAGUCUGGAACCUGAGGCUGACUUGACACCCCAGUAUUUGCCAAGUCUUCCCUGGCUCUGAGGUUGAGCUGUCUUCUCUGGCCUGAAACUGCUCUCUGACUUUCCUCCUCUCUGUACACUUGACCUCACAAUGGCCGUGGGACACGAGACAAUGAUGCUGGUUUAUAACAAUUAUGCCAGGCCUCAGUUUUUUAAUUUAACUACACUUUAUAUCUCAAAUUUGGGAAAUACCAAGCUACAUAACCAUGUGGGAGCCCUGGUAUUUGAGGAAUGGUGGGUGUAACCAUUUCCCACUCAGAAGUACCUCAGCUCCCCUCAAGAGAGAGAAUGAGGUCCCCAGAAUGUCUCCAGCCUGCUUUGAGCCUGUAGCUGGGUUCUUUCUGAUAGACAAUUUUAGAGUCAAAAAGAAACAUCUGAAGUCCAAAGUGAGGCCUGACCCUGGCUCUUUCUAGUUUCAAUGGCUUCUGAAACAUGGGCAGGGGUACCCUGCUACUGAAACAGCAAGUCACUCUCAGUGCAGGACACUGAGGCCUUGCUCUUGCCUGUGGCUGGUCAUAUACCCUGACUGAGGCAAUACCUGAGCCACCACAGCACUCUGACCUGAGGUCACUGCCAACCCUUGCUAGACAACACCAGUGGGCUUACAGAACACUACUUCACUUACUGCUUUAUCAUCUUCUAGACAGGUUUCUCGUGCUCCCAUACUUUCAAAAAGCCCAGAGGCUGACACCCAGUUACAGUGACUAACUGUUCUUGCCAACAGGGCCAGAGCCUCAAAGCCCCUAGUGCAAGCAGCCUUCACAAGGGACCCAGACUCUCCUAGGUGCCUUGAGGCCAAGCCAGUACCCAUGGGCUUCCAUUCCUGUUCUUAUUAUCAAACAGCUCUUCAUGUGAGGCUCCUGUCACUCCUAAGGGCCAGAACAUGAAGCUGGUUUUUUGGGGUUUGGGGGUGAUUAUAAUUUAAGUGAUUGUUUUAAUAAAAACUCUA